UGGUGCACAGGUCUCCUGGCAGUGCCAGCGAAGAGCAUAAAUCGGCGCUCGCUCCCACAGCGUCCUAUAAAUGCUCUGCCUUCUCUCUUUUUCCUAGUCGGCAAGGCACGGAUUACCAACGAUUCUUUUCUCAGCAAUCUUUGGACCGAAAUUGCGUCGGGUAACAACAAGGGAUGCUCGCAGAGCACAGGGAGAACAGCAGGGCUGGCUUCGGCCUCAAGAAGCCUCUAAAAAUGAAUAUGGUGAAGAGGAUCAUGGGGAGGCCGCGGCAGGAGGAGUGCAGCCCACAGGACAACGCGCUGGGACUCAUGCACCUGCGCCGUCUCUUCUCCGAGCUCUGCCACCCACCGCGCCACAUGACACAAAAAGAGCAGGAGGAGAAGCUCUACAUGAUGCUGCCUGUUUUCAACCGGGUGUUUGGGAAUGCUCCACCAAACAUGAUGAAUGAGAAGUUUUCAGACCUGCUGCAGUUCACCACUCAAGUGUCCAGGCUGAUGGUGACUGAGAUCAGACGGAGAGCGUCCAAUAAAUCAACAGAGGCAGCCAGCAGAGCCAUUGUGCAGUUUCUGGAGGUAAAUCAGAGCGAGGAGGCGAGCCGGGGCUGGAUGCUCCUGACCACCAUCAACCUGCUGGCUUCCUCAGGACAGAAAACAGUGGACUGUAUGACCACCAUGUCGGUGCCCUCCACACUGGUGAAGUGUCUAUAUUUGUUUUUUGACCUGCCCCACAUGCCCGAGGUUCCUGCUGCCACCCAGACUGAGCUUCCUCUGGCCGACCGCAGAGCUCUUCUACAGAAAGUCUUUGUCCAGAUCCUUGUGAAGCUGUGCAGCUACGUGUCUCCAGCAGAAGAGCUGGCCCAGAAGGAUGAUCUACAGCUGCUCUUCAGUGCCAUCACCUCCUGGUGUCCCCCCCACAACCUUCCCUGGAGGAAGAGCGCCGGAGAAGUGCUUACCACCAUCUCCCGACAUGGGCUCAGCGUUAACGUCGUCAAGUACAUCCACGAGAAAGAGUGCUUGUCAACGUGCAUCCAGAACAUGCAGCAGUCAGAUGACCUCUCUCCUCUGGAGAUUGUGGAGAUGUUUGCUGGGCUCUCCUGUUUUUUGAAGGAUUCGAGUGAUGUCUCUCAGACACUCCUGGAUGACUUCCGCAUGUGUCAGGGCUACACCUUCCUCAUAGAUCUUAUGAUCAGGUUGGAGCAGGCCAAAGAGGAUGAAUCCAAAGAUGCUCUAAAGGACCUGGUGAACCUGGUGACCGCUCUGACCACAUAUGGUGUCAGCGAGCUGAAGCCAGCUGGUCUCACCACCGGAGCACCCUUCCUGCUUCCAGGUUUUGUGGUUCCACAGCCUUCUGGGAAAGGCCACACGGUCAGAAACAUCCAGGCUUUCUCUGUGCUUCAGAAUGCCUUCUUGAAGGCCAAGAGUGGUCGAUUAGCACGUAUGAUCCUUGAAGCCAUUGCCAACAUAUACGCCGCCGACUAUGCCAACUAUUUCAUCUUAGAGGCGCAGCAUACGCUGUCGCAGUUUGCAGAGCGAGUAGCAAAGCUACCGGAGGUGCAGUCCAAGUACUUUGAGCUACUGGAGUUUGUUGUCUUCGGUCUUAAUUACGUACCAUGCAAAGAGCUUUUUAGCGUUAGCGUGCUGUUAAAGUCAAGUACUUCUUACGGAUGCAGCAUCACAGCCACUCGCACUCUUCUCAAACUCGGGCGCCACCACCCUGUCUUCAGUGAUGUCUUCCGUGAAGUUGGACUGCUGGAAGUGUUAGUUAACCUGCUCCACAAAUAUGCAGCACUGUUGAAAGACCCAACGCAAGCCCAUGGCGAGCAGGGUGAUGCCAAGAACAAUGUGGCUGAAGAGCAAAAACAGCUUGCCUGGCUUGUCAUGGAGACACUCACAGUCCUCUUGCAAGGCUCGAACACCAAUGCAGGAUUGUUCCGUGAGUUUGGCGGAGCCAGGUGUGUGCACAACAUUGUGAAGUACCGUCAGUGUCGUGAGCACGCUCUGAUGAUCAUUCAACAGCUGGUGCUGUCGCCAUCUGGAGAUGAUGACAUGGGUACUCUGCUCGGCCUUAUGCACUCCGCACCUUCAACAGAACUACAGCUCAAAACUGACAUUUUGUGGGCUGUGUUAGCAGUGCUGCGCGAGAGCCAUCGUACACGCACCGUCUUUCGCAAGGUGGGAGGCUUUGUGUACGUGACCUCACUACCAUUAAUGUUGGUUGCCAUGGAGCGUUCUCUCUGUUCUCCACCUGUCAGCGGCUGGGAGAAGGUCAACCAGAACAAAGUCUUUGAACUACUACACACCGUAUUCUGCACUCUAACAGCAGCCAUGCGUUACGAACCUGCCAACUCAUACUUCUUUCGCACUGAGAUCCAGUACGAGAAGCUGGCCGAUGCUGUGCGACUUUUGGGAUGUUUUUCUGAUGCUAAGAAAGUUGGUCCAGCUACCGUCUUCCCCUCAAAUGCCCAACCAUUCCAGCGGUUACUGGAGGAUGAGAUCAUACCAGCAGAAAACGUGUGUCCCACACUCAAGCACUGCAGCAAGCUGUUCAUCUACCUGUACAAGAUGGCCACCGACUCUUUUGACAGUCGUGCCGAGCAGGUGCCCCCCUGCUUGACUCAUGAGACCUCGCUGCCCUCUCCUUGGGGCACGCCAGCAAUCGCCAGGAAGAGACAUGGCUAUCACAGCUCAUCCAACUCUGCUCCUGGUAAAGUCCUAACGGACCUAAAGCUGCACUUGGGAAAUCCGUCCCAGCACUCUUCAGACCCUGUAGUCAUCCACCCUGGAGCAGUGCUGGCAAUGCUGGACCUCCUACCCUCCGUUUCUUCUGACACACAGCCUGAGCAUGCUCUGGACCUGCAGCUGGCGGUUGCUAACAUCCUGCAGCUGCUAGUGCAUUCAGAGAGGAACCAGCAGAUCCUGUGUGAGUCGGGUCUGCACUCACGUUUGCUUCAGCGCUGUAGCUGCGCUUUGGGAGACGAAGAUCACCCACUCCACCCACCUCUGCAGAGGAUGUUUGAGCGACUGGCCUCCCAGGCCCUAGAGCCGAUGGUGCUCAGAGAAUUUUUACGACUUGGGAAUCCUCUGAAUUGCGGUGCCUGGGACAAAAAGCUCCUGAAGCAGUAUCGGGUCCACAAGCCUAGCUCCCUAAGCUAUGAAGCUGAAAUGCGCAACAGCAUGACUCUGUCCAUGGAGGGUUUUGGGCCGGAUAGCGUGUUCACGAUUAACGAGGACAACAGCCAGUACCGGAUCAGCCGAAGUCUGGUGCGAUCGGCUGAGGGCAGCACUGUGCCCCUCACCCGAGUCAAGUGCCUGGUCUCCAUGACAACGCCCCAUGACAUCCAUCUCCAUGGAUCGUCCGUCACGCCCGCCUUCGUGGAGUUUGACACGUCAUUAGAGGGAUUCGGCUGUUUGUUUUUGCCCAGUUUGGCCCCUCACAACGCGCCGUCCAGUAAUGCUAACACAUCUGGAGUCAGUGACGGGGCAGUGGUCAGCGGCAUGGGAAAUGGCGAGCGUUUCUUUCCACCCCCAUCUGGCCUGAGCUACUCAACAUGGUUUUGCAUUGAGCAUUUCAGCACGCCGCCCCAAAGCCAUCCUGUGCGUCUGCUCAAGGUGGUGCGAAGGGCCACCUCGUCUGAGCAGCACUACGUGUGCCUGGCCAUCGUGCUCUCUGCUAAAGACCGAUCUCUCAUUGUGUCCACUAAGGAAGAGCUGCUUCAGACCUACGUGGAUGACUUCAGUGAGGAGUCCUCCUUCUAUGAGAUCCUGCCCUGCUGUGCCCGCUUCCGCUGCGCUGACCUCAUCACCGAGGGACAGUGGCACCACCUGGUGUUAGUUAUGAGCAAGGGAAUGCUGAAGAACAGCAUGGCGACUCUCUACAUCGAUGGCCAGAUGGUCAGCACAGUCAAGCUGCACUAUGUUCACAAUGCUCCCGGUGGCUCUGCCUCCGCAAACCCACCUGUGGUGAGCACGGUGUACAGCUACAUCGGUACACCACCGGCCCAGCGCCAGCUCUCCGCUCUGGUCUGGCGACUGGGGCCCACUCACUUUCUGGAGGAGGUGCUGCCUGCUGCCAGUGUGGCUGCCAUCUAUGAGCUGGGACCCAAUUAUGUAGGCAGUUUCCAAGCUGUUUACUUGCCAUGUAAAGACUCAAAGACUGAGGCUGUGCCACCCUGUCCUGUUGGAUUGGUUCCUGAAGAGAAGGUCUCCUUCAGUCUCUUUGCUCAUUCUGUAUCUACUCUCACUGUGGCCAAGAUACGAAAAGUCUACAACAAACUGGACAGCAAAGCCAUCGCCAAACAGCUGGGGGUUUCCUCUCAUGAAAGUGCCACACCAGUCAAACUCAUCCAUAAUGCAGUGGGCCAUCUCAACGGGUCGGCCAGGACCAUUGGAGCUGCAGUCAUCGGUUACCUGGGUGUGCGCGCCUUCAUAAGCAAACCGGUGGCCACCAACCUCCAGUACAUCGGAGGAGCAGCUGCCAUUCUGGGCCUGGUUGCCAUGGCUUCAGAUGUGGAGGGUCUCUAUGCUGCAGUAAAAGCAUUAGUGUGUGUUGUCAAGAGCAACCCGCUAGCUAGCAAGGAGAUUGAGCGUAUCAAAGGCUACCAGCUGUUGGCCAUGCUGCUGAAGAAGAAACGCCCGCUGUUGAACAGCCAUAUUCUGCACUUGACCUUCUCCCUCGUUGGAACUGUCGAUAGUGGCCACGAGACCUCAAUCAUCCCCAACUCCACAGCCUUCCAGGACCUGCUGUGUGAUUUUGAGGUGCGAAGCUCACACCAUAUCUUACAUACAUCUUUUGAAUGUAAUCUUUAAUCAGUACUCAAUAAGUUUGUUUCUGUUCUCAGUGAAGCUGCUAAGAAUGCCAAACUAUUGCGGGAGUUUCAAUUGAUCCCCAGACUGCUGCUGACUCUGAGGGAUCAAUCUCUGUCUCAGCCCACCAUCGCUGCCAUCGGCAAUGUCCUCAGUCUCCUGCUUCAAGGCUUCCCCAACUCAUAUGACCUACUCAGGUUUGGGCAGUUUAUCUCUUCAACAUUGCCAACAUUUGCAGUCUGUGAGAAGUUUGUCAUUAUGGAGAACACCAAUGAGGAGAAGAUCGACAGGGGAGCUGAUGAUGAGUUUGGAGGCCUCCUGUCAUCCAACUUGAUUCUUCUGCGGAACAGACUGCUGGACAUCCUGCUCAAACAGCUCUUCACCUGCAAAGAGAAGAACAUUGUUAAUGUACAGGCUUGCGAAGAACUUGUGCGCACCUUGGGUUUUGAUUGGUUGCUGAUGUUUAUGGAAGAACACAUUCACUCCAGUACAGUGACGGCAGCUCUCUUAAUCUUGGUGGUGUUGCUGAGUAACCAAUCCAUCCUGAGCCGGUUUAAAGAGGGUCUGUCUGGAGGAGGAUGGCUGGACCACACCGACUCUGUGCUCACUAAUAAGAUUGGCACUGUUCUGGGUUUUAACGUUGGCCGCAGCGCAGGAGGCAGGUCGACAUUGCGUGAAAUCAACCGAGAUGCCUGCCAUUUCGCAGGAUUCCCUCUGUUGCAAACUCUACUGCCCAAACACACCAAUGUCCCAGAGAUCUACUUCAUGCUCAUGGCCCUUUUCCUCCAGCAGCCAAUCACAGAGCUGCCCGACAGCCUGCAGGUACAUUUUGACCUGGACUCUAUCUGGACGUUUAUAUUUGGCGUCCCAGCUUCCAGUGCUACAGUGGUGGGCUCCAUUCACAACAUGUGCACUGAAGCAGCGUUCCUGCUCCUGGCAAUGCUGCGCAGCAUGCUCAACCUGCCUUGGCAGUCAGAGGAGGAGGGUUCCUGGCUGAGAGAAUAUCCCAUCACUCUCAUGCAGUUUUUCCGUUACCUCUAUCACAACAUCCCAGAUCUGGCACACAUGUGGCACAGCCCGGACUUCCUGUGUACACUUGCUGCUACGGUUUUCCCCUUCAAUAUACGGCCUUACUCUGAGAUGGUGAGUGAUUUGGAUGAUGAAGCAAGCUCACCCACAGAAGAGUUCAAAGCCUUUGUGACGGAUACAGGCAUGAACCGUAGCCAGUCAGAAUACUGUAAUGUAGGCAAUAAAACCUACUUGACCAACCACCCAGCAAAGAAGUAUGUCUUUGACUUCAUGAGGGUCCUCAUCAUGGACAACCUGUGCAUGACACCUGCCAGCAAACAGACGCCCAUCAUUGAUCUUCUGCUAGAGGCCUCACCAGAGCGCUCAACCAGGACCCAGCAGAAAGAGUUUCAGUCCUACAUCCUGGACAGUGUGAUGGAGCAGCUUCUGGCAGCAGAUGUCAUGUUGGGUGAGGAGGCAUCAUUGCCAAUAACGACAGGAGGAAGUUAUCAGGUCCUGGUCAACAAUGUGUUCUACUUCACACAGCGUGUGGUGGAUAAGCUUUGGCAGGGCAUGUUCAACAAAGAGUCCAAGCUCGUGGUGGAUUUCAUAGUUCAGCUGAUCACCCAGUCCAAACGGCGAUCACAGGGUUUGUCUCUGGACUCAAUCUACCAUUGUCUGAACCGAACAAUCCUCUACCAGCUCUCACGACCACACAAAACGGUCCCGCAACAGGUCACCCUGCUGGAUUCACUACGUGUGCUGACGGUAAACCGAAACCUCGUGCUGGGACCUGGCAACCAUGACCAGGAGUUUGUGGCUUGUCUGGCCCACUGCUUGAUCAACCUGCACACGGGGAGUAGUGUGGAGGGGUUUGGUUUGGAGGCAGAGGCCAGAAUGACCACCUGGCAUGUCGCGGUUCCUUCUGAGAACGAGUCGGACAAUGUCCGGAGCCAGGAUGUUAGCGAAGGUCGUCAGUUGCUGCUCAAGGCAGUGAAUCGUGUGUGGACAGAGCUCAUGCACAGUAAGCGGCAAAUGCUGGAGGACAUUUUUAAAGUGUCUCUACCAGUCAAUGAUCGAGGACAUGUGGACAUCGCCACUGCUCGACCUGCUUUAGAGGAACCUGCUGCUAAAAGCUGGCAGAACCACCUGGUCCACGAGAAGAAAUGCAUCAGCAGGGGCGAGACCGUUGCCCCAGCGAAUCAGUCCAAACUGUCUCGAGUCAGCAGUGGCUUUGGUCUGUCCAAACUUACUGGCUCCCGUCGCAGCAAGAGGGAAAGUGGAAUGAACAAGAACAAUCUUUCUGCACAGGAAACCUUUCAGUGGAUGUUCACGCACAUUGCUGUGGUCCGGGACUUGGUAGCAAUGCAGUACAAGGAGCAUCAAGAGAGACAGCAGAAUGCGCUGAAGUAUGUGAUGGAUGAGUGGGCAGGGAUUGAAUAUGAGCUGCUUCGUGAGAGGGGCCUCUGGGGGCCUCCUAUUGGCUCCCACCUGGACAAGUUUCAGUUGGACAUGACUGAGGGACCCUGUAGAAUGAGGAAGAAGAUGGUUCGGAACGACAUGUUUUACAUUCAUUAUCCCUACGUGCCUGAUCCUGAGCCCAACGCAAGCACUCAGAAACCGGCGCGCUACAGACGAGCGAUAAGCUACGACAGUAAGGAGUAUUACAUGCGGCUGCUGUCAGGGAACCCGGGGAUGUAUCAGCACUCCAUAGAGCAGAACACAGAGGGAGAAACCACACAGCAGGAGCCUGAACAUGGAGAGGACACCAUCGCAAGGGUCAAAGGUCUGGUUAAGGCCCCUUUAAAGCGGUCCCGCUCUACAGCGGAUGGAGCUGAUGAGGACAGUCAAGACCAGCUGCAGGAGUUGCUGGAGUCAGGAGCUAUGGACGAGGAGCAGAAAACCGACAACACCACGCUGCUCCGCCUGCUGGAGGAGGGAGAGAAGAUCCAGCACAUGUACCGCUGUGCUCGAGUUCAAGGUCUGGACACCAGGGAAGGGCUGCUCUUAUUUGGGAAAGAACAUUUCUAUGUGAUUGACGGCUUCACAAUGACAGCCACCAGAGAGAUUAGAGACAUUGAGACACUCCCUGCAAAUAUGCAUGAGCCUAUCAUCCCCCGAGGGGCCCGGCAGAGCAAGAGUCAGCUGAAACGAACCUGUAGCAUCUUUGCUUACGAAGACAUCAGAGAGGUGCACAAACGUCGCUACUUGCUUCAGCCCAUGGCAGUAGAAGUGUUUUCCGGAGAUGGAAGAAAUUAUCUGUUGACUUUCCAAAAAGGAGUCCGGAACAAAGUGUAUCAAAGGUUCCUGGCAGUUGUUCCUUCACUAGCCGACAGCUCAGAAUCUGUCUCUGGGCAACGUCCCAACACCAGUGUGGAACAAGGGUCUGGUCUUCUCAGUACGCUGGUCGGCGAGAAGUCAGUGACCCAAAGAUGGGAGAGAGGUGAAAUCAGUAAUUUCCAGUAUUUGAUGCAUCUCAACACACUGGCUGGCAGGUCAUAUAAUGACCUGAUGCAGUAUCCCGUCUUUCCAUGGAUCCUGGCAGACUUUGACUCUGAGGAACUGGACCUCAACAAUCCAAAGACAUUCCGAAACUUAUCCAAACCCAUGGGAGCUCAGACAGAUGACAGACUGAUCCAGUACAAGAAAAGAUUCAAAGACUGGGAGGAUCCUAAUGGCGAGACUCCAGCAUAUCAUUAUGGCACUCAUUACUCCUCUGCAAUGAUUGUGGCCUCAUAUCUGCUCAGAAUGGAGCCUUUCACACAGAUCUUUCUCAGGCUUCAGGGAGGACAUUUUGAUCUGGCCGACCGAAUGUUUCACAGCAUACGAGAGGCUUGGCUCUCUGCUUCCAAACACAACAUGGCUGAUGUGAAGGAACUCAUUCCGGAGUUCUUCUACCUUCCUGAGUUCCUGCUCAAUUCCAACAACUUCGAUCUUGGGAGUAAACAGAAUGGCACCAAGCUUGGAGAUGUGAUUCUGCCUCCGUGGGCAAAAGGAGACCCGAGAGAGUUCAUCAGGGUUCACAGAGAGGCUUUGGAGUGUGACUAUGUCAGCGCCCAUCUGCAUGAAUGGAUCGAUCUGAUCUUUGGUUACAAGCAGCAGGGUCCUUCAGCGGUGGAAGCGGUCAAUGUCUUCCACCAUCUCUUCUAUGAGGGCCAGGUGGACAUCUACAACAUUAAUGACCCACUUAAAGAAACCGCUACCAUUGGAUUCAUCAACAACUUUGGCCAGAUCCCAAAACAGCUUUUUAAGAAGCCCCAUCCUCCAAAGCGAGUGCGCAGUAAGUCAAAUGGAGAGGUACCUGGUGUACCUGUUACACUCAACUCCAGCUUAGACAAAAUCUUCUUCCAUCAUCUGGACAACUUGCGGCCCUCUCUCACACCUGUCAAAGAGCUGAAGGAGCCAGUGGGUCAGAUAGUGUGCACUGACAAGGGCAUUCUGGCUGUUGAGCAGAACAAGGUGUUGGUUCCUCCUGCCUGGAAUAAAACCUUCGCCUGGGGCUAUGCGGACCUCAGCUGCCGCCUCUCCAACUAUGAGUCUGACAAGGCGGUUGUAGUAUAUGAGUGCCUGUCUGAGUGGGGGCAGAUCCUGUGUGCUAUCUGCCCCAAUCCCAAACUGGUCAUUACUGGAGGAUUAAGCACUGCUAUCUGUGUAUGGGAGACUGGGACUUCCAAAGAGAAAGCCAAGAGCCUCACACUCAAACAGGCUCUUCUGGGCCACACAGAUGCAGUUACAUAUCUCACAGCGUCAUCAGCUUACCACAUCAUCGUGAGUGGCUCUCGGGACCGUACGUGCAUCAUUUGGGACCUGAAUAAGCUGUCUUUCGUCACCCAGCUGAGGGGCCAUCGGGCUCCCGUCUCAGCGCUCUGCAUCAACGAGCUUACUGGUGAUAUAGUGUCCUGUGCUGGCACCUACAUCCAUGUGUGGAGCAUCAAUGGAAGUCCCAUCGCCAGCGCCAACACUUUCACCGGCCGGAGCCAACAAAUCCUCUGCUGCUGCAUCUCAGAGAUGAAUGAGUGGGACACACAGAAUGUUAUCGUUACGGGACACUCCGACGGUGUUGUCAGGUUCUGGAGAAUUGAGUUCCUCCAAGUCCCAGAAACCCCUGCUCCAGAGCCUGUAGAGCCCCCCGAUGUGCCAGACUGCUGUGGAGAGAUUGAGGGUCGUGAUGCUCCAGAGGAUGACAGCAGUGAGUCUGAAGGAGAGGAAACCAGCCUCAGUCAGGACCCUAAACCUCGGACCUCAAACAGCCAGCCCAGCAGCACUGUCCACAGACCCAAACCUCGCACCGGUGCCUCCUGGUCGGUGGACAGCAGCUCUGACGACUCCCGCCGCUGGUCGGACACACUCAGUAUUGAUGAGAAGGAUGGCUUUGUUUUUGUAAACUACUCAGAGGGCCAGAUUAGAGCGGGAAUUCCCUCACAGCCACAUUUACAACCGCACUCAGCACCCUCGCAUGGGCCAGUACCACAGCCUCUUCAGCCCAGUACUAUGGAGGCUCGGUCAUACAACAAGCUCAAACCAGGCUACAGAUGGGAGAGACAGCUGGUGUUCCGGAGCAAACUCACCAUGCACACAGCGUUUGACCGCAAGGACAACGCUCAUCCUGCGGAAAUCACCUCGCUUGCCAUUUCAAAAGACCACAGUAAGAUCCUGGUAGGCGACAGCCGUGGCCGCGUGUUUAGCUGGUCUGUCAGUGAUCAGCCCGGACGCUCUACCGCAGACCACUGGGUGAAGGACGAGCAGGUGGACAGCUGCUCUGGAUGCACUGUGCGUUUCUCCCUCACUGAAAGGCGCCACCACUGCAGAAACUGUGGCCAGGUCUUCUGCCAGAAGUGUAGUCGCUUCCAGUCAGAGAUCAAGCGGCUGAAAAUCUCCUCUCCUGUGCGUGUGUGUCAGAACUGUUACUACAACCUGCAGCAUGAGCGAGGCUCUGAAGAAAGCCCGAGAAACUAGUUCACCCUCACCCCACAUCACAUGCCCAAAGCCCAAAAUCCCAACCACCCUCAAAAAAAACAAAACAUUUCACUGCUCCCCAUGCAAAAUCUCAUUGGUCAGAAUCUCCUAAAUGGCAUCACCAAUGCUCAUAAUUUCAUACACUGCAGAAGUGUGACCAUUCAAAAGAGACUAUUGUUAGUUUACUUUUCCAUUCAUGCAUUUUCUUUUGCAGUAUGCUCCGUCAUCUAAUUGGAAUCAUCCACAAAGUCGGCAUUAUGUUUAGAUAUUAGAAAAAGCAAUGCGUAUAAAACGCUUCCUGAUGAAACGAGAUAACACUUGUUUAUAUUGUAAAUACUUACAAUGGCAUUUUUAACUAGAAACAGUGAAACAAAAAGUCAUUAUUAAGAGAUAAAAGAAGAAAUCAAAACACAUUGCUUGUAAUAUAGUAUUACAGUAUGUUAAAAAUCACUCUUGGCUUUAAAAGAACAAAACUGCGAGUGUGUGUGUGUGUGUAGUCGUUGUCACAAGUCACAGCCUCCCAGCGGGAAUAAUAUUGGGGACUAUGAAUGUUGAUAAAUGUUUGUGGGUUGACAUUGCAAAUGACAUGCAAAUGCUUAGUUAUGUUUAUUUGAUAUGUUCUGUUGUGUUGCCCACAGUAUCAGUCAGUUGCCAUAGACAACUUUUUCCAUUUAAAAUUUGUUGCCAACCUGCCUUUAUAUGCAACUAUUAUCUUAUUUUAACAGUUGUGUAGGUCAAUGAAAGUAUGUAAAUGUUGAACUUAGAUUAAAGACCACUUUAAAUUAUUUUUUUUAAUGACAGGAUUCAUUCAACCUUUAAAUGAUUCCACCACAUUUGUUAUGCGACAGAAGACAGAAAUGUUUCUAACCAAUUGAAAGACUGUAAUAUCAAACAUGCUUCUGAAGUGUCAUUUAUUUCAUAUUGGAUGUUUCACAUCUGUAAAUUUUGCAUUAGUGUGGGACUUCUCUGACUAAUUCUUCAUCUGUUAUUAACUAAUAUGCAUUAGACAACUUAAAUGUUACUCUCUGGCACUAGCUUAAAAAUUAUGGUUUUGUUUUUAGUAAAAACAUGCAUUUAUUCUUAUUCUUAAAAAAAUCACUAUUUUAACCGUUUGCGAUGUUGCACCAGUGUAAAUGUCUGUAGAUUAGGAAAGCAAUAGUUACUGAUGUUUUCACUCCACACACAUUUCACGAAAGACCGUAGCUUGAAUGUUAUCAUGUGUACAGAAAAAUGGAUUUAACCAUUUUAAUGGACUGGAAGCCUAGUUUCUCCUUACCUUAGACAAAACUAUGAAAGAGAAAGUUUUUUUUUUCUUUUUCUUUUUGAUACUGUGGGCAAUACCCUAUCAAAAGUGCUGCUUUGAUUAAUGGAGAGAAUUUCUUUUUCUUUCUUUAAAUGGUCUGACACUUGCAACUUUAAAAAGAUGAACCAUUGCAGUUGUUUUAUUCACUGUUGUAUGAUUUCCGUACAGCCUAAUAUGCACUCCUUAUAGUUUAAUUAUUCUAUAUUAAUGUACUGUAAUUCAGCGUGCAAUCAUAACAUCAUAAAGCUGUUGGGAUUUUGCUGUCGACAAGCAGCUCAAAGAUCAAAUGGCUAUAUCAAUCUGAAAUUAUUUUUGCACCUUGACAUGUAGAAAAGACAAAGAAAUGGAGUAAUCGCUGUUUUAUCAGAUGCAUUUUUAUGUUGUGGGGUAUUAUUUUGAAAGGGUGCAUUUCUUUACAGUAAGAUGAACUGUACAAAGUAUUUAUGCAAUUAUUUUGUUUUCUUUUUUAUGAUUUUUCAGCAAGUUUGGUUACUUGUUGCAUGUCUAACACAGCUGACUUUCUGUGUCAGUGUAUUGUACAUGUUUUGGCAUUAUGUUUUAUUUGUUUUCUCUUUCUUUGGCUCAUUUUUAUGGCGUUAUCUAACGAGUCAAUCCUGAGGGUUUUGUGUACAGCUUUAGGUGGAUAUACAGAGUGUCCCACGACUCUUUUGGUUUUUGACUUUUUGUACUCUAAUGUAUGGAUGUUGAGGACUGAUCCCGGAACUGAUGAAAUACACAUGGAUUGUCCCUGUUUGGUGGUCUAGUGAUAGACUGCAUUACUACAGUAUCUAGUGUGCAAAACUGGUAGCUGAAUGUUCAUUGUAUAUUUGUGUUGAAAAACAAUUACAGGAACCCCUCCCCCAUAAAUAACCCCUAUACUGUACCUGUUAUUAUGACACAAUAGAUAUGGUACUCAUACCUUUUAAUUUAAUUUCAAUUAAAUACUUGCUGUUUACCACCA